UCCCGCCCGGUUGCCCCGCGGCGCUGGCUCGUCCCGGGCCAAAGUUUAUCUUCUGUUGGCUUCAGCGCAGACAAGGAACAAAAUUAUUUCUGUGGGGAGAGCCACCGAGAAGUGAAGAGGUGCUAUGAGAGGACUGAAACUUUUUGAGAGCAAAAGGAAUACAUAGCUUCUGUCAUGCUACGUUAGGUAUGAUUCAGCUGUCUCCUCAGACAAGGCUUAUAAGUGGGAAGAUUGGGUAUUCCCCUGAAAAGACCAUAAGUUUGAUAUCGAAUCCUGCCCAUCUAGGAUCUUGAGAAUUAGCAAGAAGCAAGAACCAUUUGGCUAAGUUACAAAUGAGUUCUGAAGAAGGUAUAAUUCAACUCCAGAAGUUGCAGUCGUGUCUCCAUGGGGAGUGUGUGCAUACCUGUUGACACCCUUUAUCUGCCGAGAGCAACCCAAUGCUCCAGAAGGAUGAGAUGGAAGGUCUUAAUGUUCACUGUUGUUGCUGCACUGAUCCUUGUUCCACCAUGCUAGGCUGGCUGGCUAAGUAGAAUAAAAGGUUUGUUUUAACAUGUUUCAUGCUGAGGUUUUGAAAGCAUUUGGACAGACAAAGCUUACAAGUGAGUGGUAAGCUAGUUUGGGACAAUGCUUACGCUUAACUGUACUGGAUGAUUUAGAGUCAUAUUUUAUAUGUCCCACAAAGCCUGAGGCACAGGUUUCAGUUAGCACCUCUCCCUCUGAUAGUGGCUUGUCUACAGUGAAAGUAAGUCUAGAAAUGCUUGUAGUCAGCAGUGAAACACUGGAGCUUCUAGUCCUAACCCAAGACUAAACCAGGACAGAUUAUUGCAUCCUAGAAGUGGCUAUUCUUCCCAUAAAUCAUAAAUGGACAUGAGUGAUUAGAUUGGGAGACAGAUCUGCAUGUGACCCAAUUAAUCCUAUCUGCCUGCACUUGAGGUGGAAGAAACUGUUUAUAUACCCUAUUCUGUAGUUUUCUGCCUGUGGAUUCCUGUUCAGCUCUUUCUAUAAUACUAAAAGCGAGAGGGUGACAAUGAACGUUGGUGAUACCAUAUGAGAAAUAUUUAAAUAAAAGACUCAUCUGGAAGGCUAUAGAAGAGAAAAGCAGCCCGUAAAAAGAAUGUGCUAAUAAAACGUGUCAAGAGACACAUUGAGGAGAAGGGGAAAAAAGAUGAUGGGAACCCUGUGCAGCACCAUGUAUUCUCAGGGCCCAGUCACAAAAUGAAACACAAAAUCUUUUAACAGACAACUGACAGAGCUGAGAUGGGAGCAAACUAGGACAGGAAUCUUAGUUUUUUUUUCUCUGUGCUGUUUGACUGCCACAGAGGCAGCAGUUACUUUAGCUGAUUAAAAUCUAGAAAAACUGUCUAAAAUUUAGACAUUCUCUUUUUGAUUUGAGGAAAUAAGAAGGUUUUCUAGUCACUGGGAAAGCAAAGGAAGAACUUUACUGUUAACACAGGCACUUAGACUUACCUCUUUCUGUCUUACCUCUGUCUUUUAGCCCCUCUUGAAGGGCUGGCAGUAGAGGAUAGGAAGCAUAAUCAGGUGUGAACUGGGUUGUCCUUUACAGCCAUCUUUUUUUCUUCCUCCUCUGUGCUUCAGCCUAUUUAUUCUUGCUGGGAGCUUUCUGAGUGGCUAAAGGAAGUGGCAUAUUGAAGCUGUUUAUUGGCGCAGAGAAAUUUAGGUUGGAAGGGACCUCUGCUGGUCAUCUGGUCCAACUUCCUGCUCAAACCAUGUUCAACUAGAUCAGGUAUAUAUUUAUUGAGGUGCAUGAUGUCUGCCCUGAGGAUGAUUUCUAACAGAACCUCCCAGCAGGCCUUGUCUAACUCUGAUUACACCUGGGAGUACGAGUACUAUGAGUAUGGACCGGUGUCAUUUGAAGGCCUGAAGGCUCAUAAAUAUUCCAUUGUGAUUGGAUUUUGGGUCGGUCUUGCGGUUUUUGUCAUCUUCAUGUUUUUUGUCCUGACCCUGCUGACGAAGACAGGAGCACCACAUCAAGACAAUGCAGAACCUUCUGAAAAAAGAUUUCGCAUGAAUAGCUUUGUGGCAGAUUUUGGAAGACCUCUGGAGUCAGAAAGGGUCUUUUCUCGUCAAAUAGCUGAAGAAUCCCAGUCGCUUUUCCAUUUCUGUAUUAAUGAAGUAGAACAUUUGGACAAAGCAAAACAAAGUCGGAAAGGUCUAGGUCUGGAGAGUAAUAUCCACUUCCAGGAAGUUCCCAGGAACAGUGCGGUGUUUGAAGAGGACCCAAACUGUCUUACAAAAUUUAACAUUCCUAAUUUUGUGAACACGGAGCAGAACUCUUCACUAGGUGAGGAUGAUCUCCUCAUCUCAGAGCCACCAAUCAUUUUAGAAAGCAAAUCAGUCAUGCAAUCUUCCCAUCGGAUCCUUGACUGAAAAGUCUUUUACUUUAAGGUAAACAUUCCCGUUUUUGUCCAGUUUGAAGUCUUUCCUGGCCUUCUGGUGUUUUGAUAGGAGGUAUUUCAGACUUGUGCUUUUUAUUGUAUAGAAGACUGGCUGUGCUGACAGAACUCCAUUUAGACAAAGAGUAAAACACUGAGUGCUUUAUUCUGA